AUGUCCAUCGUCGUUGUCCGCGGUGGCCCGGCGAGUCAAGUCGUUCCAGGCUACUACACCUGCUCGCAAGAGAUCUGUAGCGCGGAAGGCUGCGUCCCUACCGGCGUCGAGAUACAUUGCAUGAACGCGGAGCCCAAUGGUUUCGAUAUGACUUACAACGGGCUCACAAUGCAGUGCGACGGCACAUCGACCUCAUACCCUUAUAAAGAUUGCAGCUGCAUUAUUGACUAUACUGGAUGUCCGACUGGGUCAUCGAUUACCGUUGUCGGACUAGGCGAUUCGAGUGGCGGCAGUGGUAGCGGGAGCAGUGCGACUUCAACCUCUGACAGUGGAGGUAGUGGUAGUGGGAGUAGUCCGACUUCAACUGCUGGGAGUGGAGGCAGCGACAGUGGAAGCAGUCCAACCCCAACUACGAGUAGCGAUAGCGGAGGGUCGGCAGCGACGAGUACAGGGACAGGUGGUAACAGUAACUCAGGUGGCGGCGGUAAUUCUUCCAAUGCUGUGGCAUCUGUGCGAGUUCGUUUGACUGAUGUUAUCUUUGUUUCGGUUGUGCUAGCUUUAUGUGGUGGCCUGUUGCUUUAA